CUUUUUUUGAAAGAUUUUUGAAAAACUAAGUAGGCGUUUGGCCAUGAAAACCAAAUAUUUUUCACUUUAUUUGGAAUUUUGAAGUUAGAGUUGUGUUUGGUUAUAGUUUUUGCAAAGAAUAUUUGGUUGUGUGAAUGUACUGAAAGUGAAAAAAGUGAAAACAGGGUUUUAGGUGUUUUUCAAAUUCCAAAUACAAGCUGUAUUUGGAAUUUUCAUGGCCAGUGAAAAUUCUCAUGGCCAAACGGGUCAGUUUGAAAAUCUUGAAAAUGAAAAGGUAAUUCUUUUUUUGUCAAAAACAGUUGAAAGAAACAAGAAAGCAAAAUCACUUUUGCUAAAGCUCAAAAUUUCCUUCUUUUAUGUUCUUCUGUGAGUUAUGUUGUGCUUAGGAAAUGGAGAUUAUGGAGUUUGGUUAGCUAUUAAAGGAAAAUGUAUCUGAUUGUUAAAAUUUGGAUUCCCAAGGGUUACAUUGUUAACUUUCUUGAUUUUGUGAAUGCAAAUUAUAGAGUCUCUGUAUUCUGGUUUAAGAUUUGUAUGUCAUUGUAGUUAUAUGAUAAUGUGAAAUAAAAGCCAAAAUUAUCUGGUUUUGGAAUGAAUUGGACAUGAAUAGAAAUACAAUGGAGUCAUAUAGUUGAUCCUAGAUGACUUGGAACUCGAGCGACAGGUCAUGUAGAGCAACCAAGGGCGGAGCUACAGUUCGACAGAACUCAGUAGUGUCGGCUCAGACCCUGUAUUUUGUGUUAAAAAUCUACUUAAUAUGUAUAAGUAAUUUAUUCAGAACCCAAUAAGGUACCUUUUCUAGAAUCCAGAACCUACAAACUCAAAAUUCUAGCUCCGCCUCUGGCAAUGGGUAAGGGCCAGUACAACACUCGGGUAGGGGAUUUGGAGGGGUGGAGUGUUUACCAUUACUAAAAUUUGGAAGUGAGGCUAAAUUUACUGAUUCAAUGAACUGUGUCCUCAAGUUUUAUAGUUAGGCUUGUAAAAUGUAUCUUUCUCUUCACCUCCUUUCCUCUUCUAAGCAGAACUUCAGAAAGAGUGGUCAACCUUAUUGUUAGUGGCCAAUGGAAUCGUUCUGAAGACACCUCUAUCGAUCUAAUGUGUAAAUGACUUUGAACUAUUUCCCUAUAGAGUUCUCCAGAAAAAUGUUUCUGGCUUUUCUGAUAGAAAUUGCAAAUGAGCAACUAGGGGGCGGCAACUAAAGAGGUAGCGAGACUGAUCGCAAUUUCAGGAAUAGGUUGACUUUAUUUCAUUUUGUUAUGGAAAGUGAAAGUCAUUUCUUUGUUUUAAUCCAUAUCUAUGAGGACUUAAGUGAUCUUAGUUUGUAAGUUAAAAAUGAAGGACUGGUGCCCAAAGUUAAUCAGCUUUCACGGCAUGAGGAGGGGAAGAACAAUGAAAGACGUUAUAUAAGUUUCAAAUAUUCCAGCUUCUUGACGUUUGAUGAGUUUAAGUUUUUGGUGAAUUUCUUCUAGCAUAAACUAGUGAUGUCUGAUUUCUUUCCGACAAACUUAAAACAACAUUUUGUUCAGAUCUUACCCAACAUGAUUUUGUAUGCAUUUACAACAAAUGCUUUCAAGACAUGCAACCAAUUUAAAUGUUUCCUCUGUUUCAAUUUAUAUGAUGGUGUUUAAUUAAACAUGGAGUUUAAAUAAGAAAGAAAGACUUAACUUGUGGUCUUAAACAUUUCCUCGGCUAUAAAAGCAUGUCAUUAAGGGUAAAAUGGGAAGUUCAAUAAGUUAAGUUGUUUUCAAAUAUAGAAAGCUUGCCAUUCUUUUCGGAAGAUACUAAUAAGGAAAGAGUGCUACAUAAAAUGGAAUAAAGCAAUUGUCACUUCUUGAUAAGAAAUGGAAGUGUUCCAAAAUUACUUCUGCUCUUUCACUAUGUACAGCUGUGAGGACUAACAUCGAUCUGAAAGCAAUCAGCCGAAAUAAGGUGGUGUUACGUUGAUAAAGAAUCUCAUGGAGGACAAGCAAUUGAAAUUUAAUCAACCUCUUCUGUCAGUUAGACGAAUCUCUUCGGCGGUGAUUUCCCAGAGAGACGAGAAAAAGAAAACAGACAAUUACUUUCCUGCUAUGACAUGUCCUCCUCAUUACAAAUCAGAGUUGAAGUCAGGCCUAGUGGGGAAGCCGGGAACUGUUCCUUUCCGCUGGGAACAUAGCCCCGGAAGACCUAAGGAUGAGAGGGGCCCAAAAACUCAUCUCACAGAAAAGCCGAAGCUUCCCCCUGGGUGGAAAUUAAGAGAUAACCACGAUUUCGAUCAAACAGGAAAAAUUCAAAAUACAAUGCCAAGUUUCACUUCUUCGGAUGAAAAUGUAAAAAAGAUUGAGAGUUUUGACAGCUCGAAAGAAAUGAUGCACGAUAAGGAAAAGAUUGAAUCGGAGGAUGGCGACGAAACCUAUUUGGAUGCCCUGGAUACACUUUCAAGAACCGAAUCGUCCUACCUAAAUUGUAGUGUAAGUGGCUUAAGUGAAUUUGAUGAGCCAGACUCGAAUCCACGGACUAAGGAUUUCAUGAUGGGUCGGUUUCUGCCAGCGUCCAAGGCUAUGGCUUCAGAUAAGACUUCAGAAACACCUUAUUACGUUCGCAAGAAGCAACCGCCUGUCGAGGAUCACCAGAGACAGAUGAUGAAGGUAAUAAAUGGGGAUAGACGGCCUCAAUUGCGCUACGGACCUAGUUUUACACUUUAUCAUUCCCAAGCCCAUGAAGAAGAAGAAGAAAGUGAUGAUGACGGUUACAAUAAUGAAAAUUUAUCUACUAAAAUUUGUGGACUGCUGCCUCAUUUUUGUUUGAAAAGUUCAUUUCGUCAUCUGAAUCCCAUACCUGCAAUGGGUGUAAGAACUCGAAUACCCGUGUCUCCUGUCAGUAGAACACGAACGGGGUCCUCUUCUACUGCUUCUUGUAGCGGAACCGAGAAUGAGCAAUCAACAUCUGAUAUAAGUGAGCAAAGGUCUGUAGUUGGAUCCGUAACAACUCAACUACACGAGGAUAAGAACGAUGUCAAGGGCAGGGCCGAUUCAACUUAUGCUAAUGAUAUUUACAAGAAUAAUACAAUCAUUAGCACUAAUCCUGAGGUCAAGUGCUUGGGCUUGGAGGAAAGACCCAGCCAAAGAUUUCAUGAAGUGGAUGUUUUAACUCCUGUUGUAGAGAAAACUUUGUACAUAGAUACUGUGCAUAAAAUGGAUUCUUCAGCUAAAAUAGUACCUGACAGUGAAGGUAGAGAAAAAACCAGAAAGCCGAUUCAGAGAAGAGAAGGUUUAGAAAACUCGUGCAAAGUGCAUCCGGAGUUUUUUCCUGUUCCGCCACCUUUACCAAAAUCUCCAUCAGAUUCAUGGCUUUGCCGCACUUUAUCCACAAAGAAUGCACCUUCACGGGCUUAUAUAGGGACAGUACUAAAUCCUACUAACCAGCCUUCUAAGCCACUGCCUAGUGAUCCCAAGUGGGAAACAAUUGUUAAAAUGACAAAGAAGCAAUAGCAUUUGUGAAACUCUGAGGUAAAUUCUUCAUUUCUUCCAAUAUAUGAGUUUAUGUAUUUUUCAACGUGUGUAUUGCUGAUUGUCUGAUACUCCCUCUGUCCAAUUUAUG